UCUGUUUGAGAAGACAGUUUAUCCCGCCGCGCCUUGUCUUUUCCACUUCGCGUGAUUGCUCUGCCUCCAGUUUCAUACCGAUGGUCAGAUUAAAUGUUUUAGCUGAUGCUCUUAAAUCUAUUUGCAAUGCGGAGAGAAGAAAAAAACGACAAGUUCUUAUCCGACCUUGCUCUAAAGUCAUUAUUCGAUUUCUAAAUGUCAUGCAGCGCAAGGGAUAUAUUGGGGACUUUGAAAUUAUUGAUAAUCACCGUUCUGGUAAGAUUGUAGUCCAACUCGUUGGACGCAUCAAUAAAUGUGGCGUAAUUAGUCCCCGAUUUGACAUGGGAGUAAAUGACACAGAAACCUGGACUCGUAAUCUUCUGCCCUCACGACAAUUUGGUUUCCUGGUGCUUACCACUAGCGGGGGUAUAAUGGACCAUGAAGAAGCUCAUAAAAAGCACCUGGGUGGCAAAAUUUUAGGCUACUUUUUCUAA